AUGAGCGCGGAGCGAAGCUCACUCAAAACAACGGCUUCGCAAAUAGCCUUGCAGGCUCCUAUUACGAACGUUCUUAGGCCUAAGACCCACACCGAGAUUAUAGUCAUCGAUGACGAUACAGAUGCUCCAGGCAGCGAGCAUGGCUCCACUGACUCUGCCGACGAAGACUCCGAGCCACGGCCGCAGCUACGCGAAAAACAGUCGACCUCUUCACAAGUUAGCGUAGCUGUCAAAGUACCUAACGAGAUUGACGACAACAUCCGCACGAGGCUUCGCAGGCCCGUUCCAGCCAAAAAUGCUACCGACAGAACUGCGAAAGAGGCGGCCGUUGGUCAAGUGUAUAUCCUUCGAGAUCCGAGCCAACCAGAGUUGCUCAAGAUCGGAUUCACCGAUAUCGAAAUAUCAGAGCGUUGCAAGCAGAUUCGGUAUAGAUGUAAGAUGCAGCUAGAAAUCAUCUACACUGACUGUCUGCCGGUGCGCAAUGCACGCCGUGCUGAGGCACUGGCGCAUGCGGAGCUGAGCAACUUCCAAGAACCGCCCAAAUGCGUACACCAUGACACACACAGAGAGUGGUUCAGAGUCACCGCGGAGGAGGCUCUGCAGGUAGUGCGGCGAUGGAUGAACUUCAUGCAGCAAGUACCGUAUGAUGAUGAUGGAAAGCUUGCGGAGUUCUGGCUCCUGCGCAUCCAGACCAUGCCUCGCCCCUCGGCCACCGAGCAACCUCACGAUCACGAUGCACGUCAUCAACGGUGGUCAGCUACUCUUGCAGCCAAACUCAAGCCCGAAUCGACACCAGCACCGGAAGCGGGAAGCACAAUCAGAUGGUCGAACUCCGCCCAGACGGUGCUUCGUCGAGUACCCAGGGUCAAAUGGAUUCUGUUCGGGAAACUGCUUCUCUGGAUGGCUGCUUGUUGUUUUGCGGGUUCAAAGCUCGGCAAUGGGGCGCGUCAACUUCUGGAACUGUUUCCUUCGCUGCUGGCUAUGACCUCGGUGCUGUUUUUCGAGCUAGCCGUAUAG